AUGGCCGCAGAUGAAUCGAAUUACGGUACCACGAAGAUUAAGAGAACUGCGUCUAGCAGCAGUAGUAUUGAAACAACAGUAACAAAGUUGUUGAUGUCGACAAAGCAUCUUCUCCAAGUUUUAACACAGUGGUCUAAGGGGGCAACUUCAGGAAGGUCAGUAUCUGACGCUUAUGUUCAACUGGGAAAUGACUUCAAAGUUGUGUCGAAGUUCUUCAUGCAUGCUAAAGUUGAUAUGUCAGAUGUUGGUGAUGUGCCAAUGGCUUUGAGACGUGUAUUGGAAGUAACAUUAAGAGAACCACCAUCUGACGAAACUUUGAAUAAACAUUUACCAAAAAUCAGGGAAAUUAUAGUGACGCUUUUGGACAAACUAAAAGUUAAACAAGCCAUUCUUAAGAAUAUGCAGCAAGAGCAUCGAAUAAGUAUAAAGUCACAUCAUCAACAGAAUCCUUCAUUCACUAGUAACCUUUCUUUGGGGAGUGAAGGCACUCGUGAGGGGACUCCUUUCAGUAGUAGAAAAAGUAGCAUUGUACGUGAUCAGAGGCAAACCGAUUCAAAAGACAAUAUAUAUGGGGGAAAAGUAAAUUCUGCCUCCGCAGGAAUUCCAUCUGCCCUUCCAACGGAGGGAAAAUUGACAAAACCAACAACCAAUUCUAAAUCGAACUUCAAGUCAAACGAUUCUUUAGGAGUAUCAGAUGACGAUGACGCACUUUCACAAUUAAAGAAGGGAACUAAUUUGCAAAGGAGAGCUUCAAAGAGAUAUUCAGCAUAUCAUAUGGCUAAAUUGACUAAUCAGUCCACAACAGAAGCUGCUGCUGCUGCUGGUCUCGUCACAAAACCGUCGCCCUCACUGUUACAUCUUGAAGAGACUGUCAGAAAGUCAAAAUUAUAUGGAAAUAAUAACAAUGAUGAUGAUGGUAAUACCUCUGUUGAGAAUAAGGAAAGAAGUGCUGAUGAUUUAGCAAGGGCUAGUCCAUUGUUGAAAGCAGCAUUGCCCACUGAGAAUGCAGAUACGUCUUCACGAAGAUUAUCCAGCGUCGCAACUUCACCAGACAACGCCAUAAAUGGAACCUAUCCAAUAUUCCUGAAAAUGGGAGACAGAACAAAAAAGUGCUGUAUACAACUUCCAACUACUAAAAAAGCAUUAAGGCUUCUCUUUGUUCAGCACUUUACUUAUUCUCCUGGUUCUAAUUCCUUCCCAGAUAUAUAUAUCAUGGACCCCCAAUACGGAGUAUUUUACGAACUGGAAGAACUAAAUCUUCACGAUAUUAAAGAAGGGUUUGUUAUUGAGCUAAAGCUUGAAGAAAAUCGCAACAAUGACAUCAAGGACUUUAUUGAUACAGUUAAAAUAGAAAUAUCAAAUAGCCAAAAUGAUAUAAUAAGGCGCUUAAAGGAAAUGGACUUUGGUUCUGCAACAAACAAUAAGCAAGCUAAAGUUUUACCACAGACUAACUUUGAAGCCAGCGAACACAGGCUUCCUGGACCGGCCAGGAAAGAAGAUGAUAAAACAAUUAAGGAUAUUCAGUAUGAAUUAGGAAAAAUAAAACAAGUGCACAACAUAAAUCGAUCACAUAUUGACCAAACCAUUCUUAAUAUUUUACAGAAGGUUGACAAAUUCAAAUCCUUAUCAUUUUCUGCCAAAAAUUCUUCCAAUAGAAUAUACAUGGAAAAAUCCCAGAGUGAGCUUGGUGAUUUGUCGGAUGUUCUUUUAAGUAAAGUAGAUGAUCUGCAGGACGUGAUCGAAAUCAUGAGAAAAGAUGUCGCUGAGCGCAGGUCACAACCUGCCAAAAAAAAGUUGGAAACUGUAUCUAGAGAUUUAGAGAAUGCCCAAAAUGAUUUAGAUAAACUUCAAGAAUUUGUUGAUACUGAAAAGCCACAUUGGAAAAAAACGUGGGAGGCUGAGCUGGACAAGGUUUGCGAGGAACAGCAGUUUCUUACGUUGCAGGAAGAACUGAUGCUAGAUUUGAAGGAAGAUUUAGGGAAGGCUUUGGAAACUUUUGAUCUCAUCAAGUUAUGUUGUGAAGAACAAGAAAAAAAUCCUUCAAAAUCAAAGAAUAAUCCUAUAUUGCCCAUUAUGAGACCAGGUACAUUCAAUCAGGUAAGGGAACAAGUCAUGGUGGCCGUUCAGUCUUUAAACCCCGAUCAUGACAGCAGGAUCGAAGCAAUUGAUAAGGCAGAAAAGAUGUGGCAGAUGGAAAGAAAAAUCAAGUCUAGUAAUGAAUUCGAUGAUGAACUAGAAGAUUUUGUGGGAAAUUCAAAUUUGAAAAAAUCGGGAGGUUUUGAAGAAGUAGAAAGAAUAAGAAAGCAAAAGGAUGAAGCUAAUUUGAGGGCAUAUUUUGGGCCUGGCUUCUCUUAA